AUGAAUCAGAUUGAAGAUUUAAUGGAGAAUUCAAUUGAUUUGCAUCCAAUCCUGCUGAUCGAUUACGCCCAAUUAGAUAACAAAAAUCAUUCGAAUUUUGUCCAGGAACUCGAUGAUUAUUCGAAUCAACAACAAAUAGAUAAGCUCCAUUUAGACAAUCCGAAACAAUUGUUUAAUUCGAAAGAACUAUUUCAUCAAAAAGCAAUUUCACGAGGAUUUUGGAGUGUCAUUGGUGUUGAUCCUGCACUUUCCUCUGCUCGCAAUAGCUGA